AAACAAUUGUUUAAAGAUUAUUCACAUCUUUUUUAAAAAAAGUUUGCAAAUAGUACAAAAUGUUCAUGAGUUAAAAAAUGUUUACAAUUUCAAAUAUGUUCACGAGUUUUAUAAAAUAUUCAUGAUUUCACGAAGAGAGUGAUAGUGUAUCUCGGUGAUGCAGCAAAAUGCAGUCAUAACCAUUAAAAAUUAUAUAAUUUUUUUGUUGCAAUUUCUAGUGUCAUCAAUACAAAUAAGGUCUGGAGUGGUAGUAUGCCGAACAUGACGGCCAUUAGCUAUAGAUGUGCCGCCUUGGCAAGACCAUGAGCUUCAAAGUUUGUCUCCCUCCCUUCAUGCACUGUCUUCGCUUCAGGAUAUUGACUCCACCUUUCUUGGAUCUCUCGAAUGAUCAGUGACGAUGCUCCUCUGUACUUCCCCUUGAGAUGACUAAUAGUGGCAGAACAAUCAGUAGCUACGUGCAUGCUUGGAAGAUUGAGAUCAGCAGCUAAAUAAAAUCCUUGGCAGCAAGCUAGAGUAGGGUGAUUUUAUUUCGGAGCACGACUGAUUGAUGCGCGUGAUCCGGCGCCCCAUCUGAGCAUUUUCCAAACCAACAAAUGGGGAUGGUUUAAAUGGCGCUCCUCGGUACCGGUCCAAAUACCUAACAAAUCUUUCCGCAAAAAAAAAAAACAAAUCAACCUGGAUGGCCCCAACAGACACGAGUUAAUCUCCAUCUCAAACCUUACCACGUACGUGCACCUGCUCCCGAUCGUAACCGCGUAUGAUGGCUGGCGCGGCCGAGGACUUCGCCGUGCGCGCCCGCGGCAUGGAGGGAUUAGGCGACGAUGGGGACGUGGCCCUUGGCUACCCGCUGAUCGACGACGUCGAGCGCGGGCAGAGGAAGCCGGCGGCCGUCGUCGGUUACCCGCUGCCGCCGGAGGGAACGGAUCCACGACCGUCGUCGGCGACGAGAAGACCACCACCCCGUGACAAGUGCACCUCCUGCAAGAUGUUCACCAAGGGUUUUCUGGUUACCCUGGGGACCGUGUUGAUCACCGAUUUUGUCCUGGGCGGCUUGAUUCUCAAGAAAGCACCGCAUCCCCUCUUGGUGUUGUUAUGCUCGCCCUUUUAUCCUUUUGUCUGUGCUGGGCUUAUCAUGCUGAUUGCCAACUGUGAAACGUCAGAAUCACACGUUCAGGACGGCUAGACAAAACAGAAAUAGCUUGGCUAGGUUAAGUUGAUGGGAGCCGCUAAACCUGUUCUUCAUUCUCUAGCUAGAUAUUCCAGGGGUGUUCUUUCUUGUUGGACUUUAUAGAAUUGUACUUUCUAUAAACAAGUGCAAGACAUUUUAAUGACCUAAAACGUCUUAUAUUUGUGUACAGAGAGAGUAUUUCUUUCAAAUUUUUCUGUAUGUGGUUUGUUUGAAUACAGUGUAACGAUAAUAUUUUUCUAUGGUUCGGCUAAAACUCAAUCAACUGAGAUUUAGCAAAGUCUCAAUCAUCCCGGUCGUCUUCGGAUACUUGUGCUUCAAGAUUCAUGUGUUUUUGUCUUUUGUGCAAGCUGGGACAUUUUUUUAAAGGGUUACCAAACACUUUAUUGAUCUACGUGAAUAGAAAGAGGGAUAUGCACUGGAUCGUGCGGGUUAAUGAGCCACAGGUGGCGACCCGAAUCAAGCGAGAGUGUGUUUGGCAAGAUUGUGAGCAUCAAC